ACUCAAUUAUAUAUACAUACAAACAUAAUUAUAUAUAUAUAUUUUGUGUCUAAAUAUAUAUUAAUAUGGUUCGAUACUCUAAUUUGGUUUUGCUUCUUAUUAUAAGCCUCUCAAUCUUGCUAGCCCUAACCCAAGCAGAGCCAAAUAAACCAAAAAAGCCAAAGAAAAUUAAGUGUAAAGACAAAUGGUAUCCAGAUUGUUACAAAAAGGAUCUUUAUUGCCCCGAAUCAUGCCCUCGCACGUGCUUCGUCGAUUGUCGCACGUGCCAACCCUUAUGCACUCAACCACCACCUUCACCUCCACCACCCCCAAAGCGUAAGCCUCGCUCUCCUCCUCCUCCUCCGGCCACCACCUAUUCUCCACCACCGCCACAAGCCUCCUCAUGGCCUCCUCCACCGGUGAAUAACAAUGCUUAUCCUCCACCACCACCAACACAAACACCAACACCAACUCCCGCAACUCCUCAAUCUCCUCCACCCCCGUCUGAGGAGGCGGCCGGAGGUAAAAGAGUGAGAUGUAGGAAUAAGAAUUAUCCGAGUUGUUAUGGCAUGGAACAUACUUGCCCUAGCGCUUGUCCUGAUCAAUGCGAGGUGGAUUGUGUUACAUGUAGUCCUGUUUGCAAUUGUAACAAACCAGGAGCUGUGUGCCAAGACCCACGCUUCAUUGGCGGCGACGGACUCACCUUUUACUUCCACGGCAAGAAAGACCAUGACUUUUGCUUGGUCUCCGACUCGAACCUCCACAUCAACGCCCACUUCAUCGGGAAACGAAACCCUAACAUGACCAGAGACUUCACUUGGGUCCAAUCCCUCGGAAUCCUCUUUGACAACCACAAGCUCUUUAUUGGUGCUAAGAAGACCUCUACAUGGAGCAAUGCCAUUGAUCGUCUCUCCCUCGCCUUCGACGGAGAGCCUGUCCUCCUCCCUGUAGGCGAGGGAGCUACGUGGCAGUCUCCAGAGUCCUCGAUAGCUGUAUCGAGGACUCAGGAUGUGAAUUCCGUGGAAAUUGAGGUGGAAGGGAAUUUCAAGCUCAAAGCGACGGUGGUGCCUAUCACCAAAAAAGAGUCACAAAUUCAUCAAUAUGGGAUCACCGAGGAAGAUUGUUUUGCCCAUCUUGAUGUGAGCUUCAAGUUCUUUGCAUUGAGUAGGGAAGUGAAUGGAGUUUUGGGUCAGACUUAUGGGAAGAACUACGUGAGUAGGGUGAAGAUGGGACUGCCCAUGUCGGUGCUUGGUGGUGAGAGAAAGUUCUCCGCUUCAAGCUUGUUCGCGGCGGAUUGCAUGGCGGCAAGAUUUGAUGGGAAAAGAAAGAGUGGUUUGGAAGAUGAGUUUGUGGGUAUGGAGUGUGGUAGUGGAAUGGGUGGUCGUGGUGUUGUCUGCAAAAAGUGAUCAUUAUUUGAUGAAACAAUAUAUUGAUCAACUAAUAGUAUAAUUUCUUGGUUUAAUUAACCAAGUAAUACAAAUAAAAAAAUAAUAAUUAACAAACUAAUUAAUGUUUGUUGUUAAUUUCAAUAAUGACAUAACACACAUAUAUAUUCGAUUGUA